CACAGGACUUCGCAACGUCACCAGCAAGGGCAGGGUUAGGAGGCUGCACACCACUUUGAAGACGCACAACACAGACGCGCCGUCCAACACGCUGUCCAUAUCUGCGGGGAAAUGACACGCAUGCAGCUCAGAACAGGGCGCCUUGCUUGCUUGCACCUGGAGCAGUGCUGGGUGUGGCAUUGUUUGAACGGCUCGGGGAACCAGUUGGGCAACUAGCUGGACCACGAGACGAGCGUGUCGAGACAAACAAGGUUAGAGGGAAACAGAGAGGGAAUUAUUGAACUUGUUCGGGCAACUGCAUGUUAAUACACUGAACCCUCCCUCCCUCAGGCCUUGUUGGAUUUUCUUAACGUCUAUUUUUUUCCCUCAUUGUAAUUAUUGAAAUGCUGCAUGCUUUUUCAUUUUACGUUUUCGCACUUCUUUUUUGCAGAAAGUACAAUUGGUGCCUUGAUGUGAGUUUAAUUCAUUCCUUGACCGUGCUUGUAACUUUUCCUAUUCAAAUGAAUGAAUGUGCCAUUAAUCCGUUCCAGCCUUGCAAAGAAAAUAUUUUUUGAUUCUGCUUGACAGAUAGAUUAGCCGUCUUCUCUCCGCUUCAAAACAGCUUUUCUCCCAUAUACAGCUUUCUGGUCUUCAGAAACGAAAAUUAAAAGUUAAAUCAGAAUCAGCUUUAUUGGCCAGGUUUGUGCAUGCCAAACGUCAUCAAAUCAAAAAUAAAACGACAAUAACAAAGAAAAAAGUAACAACAGGCCAGCUGGUGAGAGGCCUAAAUAUUGUAAAUGAUGUUCAAAAGUAUACACUUCAAAUGUUUUAUGCAAGCAAAAAAAAAAAUUGCCCAGUGUAAUAAUAAUGGUGAUGACGCUCCUCGCGCGGACCGCUCAGUCAGUCAAGUGUUAAGAGCGCCACCUGGUGCUGAUGUGCGCACAUCAGCGCGCGCGUUCACGUGCAGAAUUUCCACCAACAUAGAGGCAGCGCGUUCACGUUCCCUCCCAUCGUCCUCUCUACCCCAAAAUUCCCCCCAAAAUGUGGCAUAAAAUGGGUUAAAAAAAGAAAGAGAAGAAAAGAUCGUAUUGCUGCCGGGGGUUCGCCUCCUGCAGGACCCAGAAGUGAACAACAGGCGACCCGGAAGGUUUGAAGUCCGCCUGACUGCAAAUCGACACGAAAAGAAGACGAGUGGCGAUCGUUGCCCAAAGAAUCAUCGUGCCAGCUGCGCGCUCACUCAAGCAGAAUGGCGGAACCUCGCUUUAACAGUCCCUAUUUUUGGCCCCCGCCACCAGCCAUGGCUGUCACGCAGGAGCAGCUGAUGGCGGAGAAGAUUCGAGCGUCUCAUCCAGCCCCUGUGACGCUCCCCUCCCAGCAGCCCUUGCUGUCUCCAGAAGGCGACCAGCACGUGACGUCCAAAGCCCAGCAGUCAGACGUCGUCCUGCACUCCAGCCCCGCUCGGCCCACCUCCAGCUCACUCACGGGUCGAAUUCUCGGCGACGUCAACUUGAACCUGGACGGCAAAGCGGCCAUCAAAGCCAGGGGACUGUGGGAGGACUGGCGGCAGCUCAUUGAACACCCUGCUCGGGCAAACCACCUCUCAGGCGUUUCUCUGGCAUCCAGAACAGGAAACCUCAACAACUCUGAGGUCACCUCGCCCGCAACGCCGCCCUCGGGUGCCUCCACACCCCACCUGCUCUCCAGCUUCGCCAACCCCCACGGGAUGGACCCCGGGAGAACCAACGGAGGUCUCAUGAGCCUACUCGGGGUGUCCAAGCCGCCGAAAGACGGGCGUCGGAAAAUCAAAGCGGAGAACGGCUCCUCGCUCUUGGUGGUGCCGUACCCCAUCCUGGCGUCCAGCAACGACCAGUCCGCCAUCAGCAUCACUGCCAAAGAGAAAACGUACAGGUGUAAAGUGUGCCCGCUCACCUUCUUCUCCAAGUCGGACAUGCAGAUUCACUCGAAGACGCACACGGAGGCCAAGGCGUACAAGUGCCCUCACUGCACCAAGACGUUCGCCAACGCCCCGUACCUGGCGCAGCACCUGCGCAUCCACUUGGGCCUCAAGCCGUACCGGUGCGCCUACUGCGAGAAGUGCUUUCGACAGCUCUCGCACCUGCAGCAGCACACCAGAAUCCACACGGGGGAUCGUCCGUAUAAAUGCUUCCAGCCCGGAUGUGAGAAGGCCUUCACGCAGCUGUCUAAUCUUCAGUCUCACCAGAGGCACCACAACAAAGACAAGGCGUUCAAGUGUUCCAACUGCUUCCGGGCUUACUCGGACGCGGCGUCGCUGCAGAUGCACCUUUCGGCCCACGCCAUCAAGACGGCUCGGGCCUACUGCUGCAGCACGUGCGACAGAGCGUACACGUCGGAGACCUACCUCAUGAAGCACAUGUGCAAGCACGCAGCGGCGCAACACGGAGGGCCUCGGAGGAACGACGCCCCCCACCACCACCCCCGGACGGAUGCCUCAGACCUGAGCGCGGCCGCCAUUUUGUCCCGACAUCACCUCGCUCUCUCCGUUUAGUAUACGACGACAACCAUAUGGACUCGGGUACGACCAAAAACAAGAAACAAAGUGCCAGAGUGUACUAAUAUCCUAUGAGGAGGUACAGUAAUACUUUCCUCCGUAUUAAUUAUAAAUAUAUAUAUAUAUACGCAUCUGGAUUAUGUCUAAUGAGCACUUUGAGGCCUGAAAAGGACAGACUUAUAACAUUUAUUGUGAUGUCACAGAUUGUUCUUUUUUUAUACGCUCCCUAACUUUUUUAAUGCUCGUUAAGGUAUCUUCUAUAAAUAGUAUGCGUUCCAAGUUGAUGUAAAUAUUAUGUGCUGAGUUUUUUUGUAUCGUUGGUAUUUAUUCUUUUUGGCCACAUUCCCUCCUAAGAUCACCUAUGUUUUGAUAAGAAAAAAAGAAAAAAAACGGGUUCAACUCAGAGGCCGGCAUAUUAGGUCCACCCGCACAAUUUAAUACGAAUAAGAGUUAUCUUAUGUCACAAAAUUUGCCUUUGCAAAGACAAUAGUGUUAAGUUUAACAAUCUGUUUAUUAUUGUGGUAGCCUCGUGUGUCCUAACACAAAAACAACAUAGGAUUGACUGUCAAACUCUUUUUAAAGAAUAAAACAAUAAUCCGAACUUCA